AUGGACCCCAUGGAACUGAGAAAUGUCAACAUUGAACCUGAUGAUGAGAGCAUCAGUGGAGAAAGUAUUCAAGAUAGCUACACGGGGAUGAGAAAUUCAGAAAAGGCAGCCAUGAGCAGUCAAUUUGUUAAUGAAGAUGCUGAAAGCCAGAAGUUCCUGACAAAUGGAUUUUUGGGGAAAAAGAAGCUGGCAGAUUACGAAGAUGAGCAUCAUCCUGGAACCACUUCCUUUGGAAUGUCUUCAUUUAACCUGAGCAAUGCCAUCAUGGGCAGUGGGAUCUUAGGCUUAUCCUAUGCCAUGGCCAACACUGGAAUCAUAUUGUUUAUAAUUAUGCUGCUUGCUGUGGCAACAUUAUCACUCUAUUCAGUUCACCUUUUACUAAAGACAGCCAAGGAAGGAGGGUCAUUAAUUUAUGAAAAAUUAGGGGAGAAGGCAUUUGGAUGGCCUGGAAAACUUGGAGCUUUUAUUUCCAUUACGAUGCAGAACAUUGGUGCAAUGUCAAGCUACCUCUUCAUCAUUAAAUAUGAACUACCUGAAGUAAUCAGAGCAUUCAUGGGACUUGAAGAAAAUUCUGGGGAAUGGUACCUCAAUGGCAACUACCUCAUCAUAUUUGUGUCUUUGGGAAUUAUUCUUCCACUUUCUCUUCUUAAAAAUUUAGGUUACCUUGGAUAUACCAGUGGAUUUUCUCUUACCUGUAUGGUGUUUUUUGUCAGUGUGGUGAUUUACAAGAAAUUUCAAAUACCUUGCCCUCUGCCUAUUGUGGAUCACAAUGUUGGAAAUCUGACAGUCAACAACACACUUUCAGUGCAUGUGAUAACACUGCCCAACAACUCCGAUAGUACUGGUGUGAACUUCAUGAUGGAUUAUACCCACCAAAAUCCCAUAGGGCUGGAUGAAAACCAGGCCAAGGGCUCCCUUCAUGGCAGUGGAGUAGAGUUUGAAGCCCAUAAUGAUGACAAGUGUCAACCAAAAUACUUUGUAUUCAACUCCCGGACGGCCUAUGCAAUUCCUAUCCUAGCAUUUGCUUUUGUAUGCCACCCUGAGGUCCUUCCCAUCUACAGUGAACUUAAAGAUCGGUCCAGGAAAAAGAUGCAAAUGGUGUCAAAUAUUUCCAUCACUGGAAUGCUUGUCAUGUACCUACUUGCUGCCCUCUUUGGUUACCUGACAUUCUAUGGAGAAGCUGAAGAUGAAUUACUUCACGCUUACAGCAGAGUGUAUACCUUUGAUGCCCCUCUUCUCAUGGUCCGCCUGGCAGUCCUGGUGGCAGUAACAUUAACUGUGCCCAUUGUUCUGUUCCCAAUUCGCACAUCAGUAAUUACACUGUUACUUCCCAAAAGACCCUUCAGCUGGAUAAGACACUUUGUGAUUGCAGCCAUGAUUAUUGCACUUAAUAAUGUUCUGGUCAUCCUUGUGCCAACUAUAAAAUACAUCUUUGGAUUCAUUGGGGCUUCUUCUGCCACGAUGCUGAUUUUCAUCCUUCCAGCAGCUUUUUACCUUAGACUUGUCAAGAAAGAACCUUUUAGGUCACCCCAAAAGGUCGGGGCUGUAAUUUUCCUUGUGAUUGGAAUUAUCUUCAUGAUUGGAAGUAUGGCACUCAUUAUAAUUGACUGGAUUUACAACCCUCCAAACUCCAAGCACCACUAACCUAAGAGAAAAUACUUUCUUUUUCUACUGGAAAUGGUUGCAAGUUGUGCUCCAAAAGACAUUUGAGAUAUCUUGAUUGGAAUGUUAUUCAUAGGAAAUAACAAUGGGAAGAUUCCAAAGAUGUUCGCUAGUAACAUCAUCAGACACCUGCGAGAGAAAAUUGUGGUUUUUGUGGAGAAUGGCUACUGAUGUUUUAAAUCUGUGUUGAACAUCUCUACCCAGGUUUUAUUAGAACAGUAUGAGAUGAUCAAGGUGUGUUUUUGCUGUUAUACAAGCAGAAUAAGGGUGGCUGCAUGUAAUAGUCAUCAGAUAAUAUUCUUUCCACCUGCCCACUCCCCACCCUGCAUCCUCCAUAAAGUUAGCAAAUAGUUGUAUUCUCAGAAUAUCAAACGAAAACACCCUGGUGGCAAAGCAUCACCACCUAAUGUCUACUCCCAUCUUGCACUAAAGGCUUGGGGUCUGUUGGCUGACUAGAGCCAAAGGCAUGUCCCGUGACCUGUCCCUGGGAGGCGUACAAAUGAUCAGACACCAGUCUAGAGCACUUAUGUUAACAUUAACAGAAUAUUUUGCCCAGACUAUUGUGACAUCAAAUUAGUAACUGCUUCACUCAAUAAAAUUUUUGGUAAAUGUUAAAACAUCUUACUAAAUAUAGAGAGGGUCUUUAUUUAAAGAGCAACAAUAAAAAUAAUAUUGCAUACAGCUAAACUGCCCGCUGUGGAAACUUCUGCUUUUUAAUGCUUUUCCUAGUCCAUUGUCAUUCUUUUGUCCUUGAACAAUGCUCUCCCUCUCGUCUUCCAUUCACAUUCAGAUCUUUUAGAAGACCACAGUUCAUGAGGAGACACACUACCCAGUAUUGUUGAUACAUGUUUAGUUGAUAAAUAUUCAGUGCAGGAAACUGUGAUUUGCUAUAUGUUUAUGUGUAUAAUCUUAUUCUAUAGUCAUCAGAAUGUUAACAUAUGGUACAUUUGAUUUUUAUUUUUUACGCAUGUAGCUUUCUUUCUCACAGUCAAAACAUUUAUAUUAUUGGGGUCAGGAAAUUAAGCUGGUGGUCUCAAAAAUCCAUUUGUAUCUAUCUGUCCAUUGGAGUUAUUUUAAAUUAGAAACCUAAGUUAUAUAGUUUGGUAAUGCUCUUCCUCAAUGUUUACAAUAAUAGAAUCAUGUAUAAGAAAAUGAAUUUUUUAUUUGCAAAUAACAGAGCUAAGGUUGCUCUUUUAAUUUAGUAUAUCUAAAAUAAGAUUUAAUUCAUUUUAACUUGCACAGCUGUUUGCUAACACUAUUUGUCAUUUAGUACAAUGUUGAAUAGUUGUCCAUAUAAAUAUAAGUGGUAACACUACAAAGAAAUGGAAACUAGCAUUCUUACUUCCAUAAUGUACUUACAUGGAAUAGAUUUAAAAGUUUCUAUUCACUACCUAGAAUUUCUGGAGCUCACUACUGUAUUUUCAAAUCACUAACAAGAAUAUUUGCUGUAUAUUUUAUAUUUUAGUAAAGCUAAGUAUGAAAUAUAAAUAUCAUAUAAAUAUAAUCAGACUAAAUCGUAUUUCAAUAGUUUUUCUGAAGUGAGACUAAGAAAACAUUUGUUUUACGUAUCAUUUUCUAGAGAUGCAUAAUAGUAAAAUGGUGCACUUUGUUACAGAAAUUGAGCAUUACUAGAAACUAUCAUAACUUUUAAGUUACUAUCAUUUAGAAAAACUAUGCUGAACAUCAUCUUCAAGAUAUAUUUCCAAUUUCAUUUGUCUAAAGAUUGCUUCAAAUUAGAAAAUGGAAAAAAGUGUGUUCUGCAUGUUAAAAAAAUUGAGUCUGAAGGUAUUUAAAUGUAAAUGUUAAAGAUUAAUCCAAAAAUAUUAGAAAACUGUAAAACUUGUACUUAUUUUGAAAGUUUUACAUUUAAAAUAAUUAACUUGAAAAAAUCACCAUGUAUAAUUAUUUAAAUAUUCAAGAGAAAUACUACAGUGCCAAAUCCUAAAGCACCAGUUCCCCUCGUGGCUACCUUCAAGAUUAGAGGUCAUAUAGACUGCAGGGCAGACAUAUAUACAGUAUCCUGUGCUGGUUAAUUUGACCCCAUUUGUAAACAGAUGAAUUUAUAUUUUCUUAUUUCAUUUACAUGAUGGUUCAAUGUAUUGGGAGGAUUUUUUAUUACAGAAAGUGUAUAUUGGUAUAUAAUAAAUGAACUUUUUAAAUGAC